UUUUCUCUACUUUCUCUCUGCUUCGCAUUACUUUGCUCUCUUUUCUUCUUCUUCUUCUUCUUCUUUACUCACUCAAGGACCAUUUCAUCAUCAUCACCAUUGGUACUAUCUCCUUUCAAUUCCAAUUUCUGACUCAAAAAACCUUUUUUUUUCCGAGAAAAUUUUCUGGGUUUCAGCUUUUUUCUUUCUUUCUUUCAUUUUUUAUCUGCCCAUUUCGUCGAAACUCGAUUUUCUGCGGUUUUCCUCAUUUGGGUUCUGACAAAUUUUUCGUGGGUAGGAACCCAAUUUCGAUGAGAGUGGCUACUGCUACUACUACUACGAAGACGACGAUAUAGAAAAGAAGAGAAGUAACAAAAAUGGAAUCUUUCAAGUACUGCAUGGAAAUUCAAUCGAACGAGCUCAAUUCAUCUUCGGACCAGCUUUCGGAUUGCCUUUUCAAACCCAAUUGGGAGCAGUCCUUGGAUCAGAACGACCCAUUUGAGUCAGCUCUGAGCUCAAUCGUUUCCUCGCCGGUUGCCCCUUCUAACGCCGGCGGCGGCGGCGGCGGUGGUUCCAUCGGCGACGGAAUUAUGAUCAGAGAGUUGAUUGGUAGACUGGGUAACAUCUGUAACUCGGGUGAGAUUUCGCCUCAGUCUUAUAUGUGUAGCAAUAACAACAGUAGGAACAAUUCUUGUUACGCGACUCCAUUGAAUUCGCCUCCGAAGCUCAACUUGUCAGUUGCGGAUCAGCAGAUCAGAACCAACUUUCACAUGCCGAAUCCUCCGAGCUUGGCUCCAUUUUCCGGCGACCCUGGUUUCGCCGCGAGAGCUGCCAAGUUCUCUUGCUUUGGGAACAGUAGGAACUUCGGUGGUGGACUAAAUGGGCAAUUCGGUAUGAACGAGACUGAAUUGCCGUUUAGAUCAGUGCCCAGAAUUGACUCCAUUAAGCCUCCUUCGAGAGCUUCACCUUCAAGCAACCAAGCUCCCAGAGCAGCAGCAGCUGGAGGUGGUGGUGGAUCUCAAUUUCCAAUUGGGGUUCAGGAGAGCAACAAUUCAGGUUCUGAUAAGAAAACCAAUCGAGUUUCAAGGUCUUCAACCCCUGAAAAUGGCGAUUCAAGGGAGGGAUCUUCGGUUUCUGAUCAGAUCCCAAGUGGGGAAACUAGUGGGAAAGCUGAGAUUGAGGCUAGUAAUAAUGGUAGGAAAAGGAAAGCCAUUUCCAGAGGAAAAGCCAAAGAAAGUCCAUCACAAACCACUGUUAAAGAUUCUAAGGUUGCAGCAGUAGAGAAUGAUGAAGCAAAUGUGAAAAGAAGCAAAAAAGAUGAUGGUGCUACUACUGCAAAGACAAAGGUGGAAAAUGAAGGAGUUAAUAAUAAAGGGUCAGGAGAUGGUAACCAGAAACAAACAAAGGAUAACUCAAAGCCUCCAGAGCCACCAAAGGACUACAUCCAUGUCAGAGCUCGAAGAGGACAAGCUACUGAUAGCCAUAGUCUUGCUGAAAGAGUUCGACGAGAGAAAAUCAGUGAGAGGAUGAAGUUUCUUCAGGAUCUCGUUCCUGGUUGCAACAAGGUAACUGGAAAAGCAGUUAUGUUAGAUGAGAUCAUAAACUAUGUUCAAUCAUUACAGCGUCAGGUUGAGUUUCUUUCAAUGAAGUUGGCAACUGUGAAUCCACGGAUGGAUUUUAACAUGGAGGCUCUUCUGUCAAAGGAGAUCUUUCAGUCUCGUGGGUCUUUGCCACAUGGCCUUUAUCCAUUAGAUUCAUCAAUGACAGCAGCAGCAGCAGCAGCAGCAUUCCCUUUUGGGUAUAAUCCCCAACAAAUAAUGCCACAACUACAUAAUAAUAAUGGCAUACCUUCUUCUUCAGAGGCCCAAUUCUCAGUAAACCCUUUAAAUGGUUCAAUGCAUAGAGCCUCAGCAAACAUGCAACUACCUGCUGCCAUAGAUGGAUUUGCUCAACAUGCUCAACAGGCUUCUACUUUUUUUGAGGAUGAUCUUCAAAGUGUGGUUCAGAUGGGUUUUGGUCAGAUUGAGCAGCACAGUCUUCAAGGCUCAAUGACUCAAGCUCAAAUGAAAAUUGAGCUAUGAUAAUUAUGAUAAUACUACUUUGAUUAACUCUCUCUCUCUCUCUUGGAUUUUCUCAUUUGAGGCCUCCCCCAGCCACAGGAGAGAAAGGCCUCUGUAUAUAACAGAGCAAAGUCCCCAGUUUGAGUGAAGAAGAAAGAAUCACUUCAGCUUGGAGAAAAGAUGAACUAGCUUUCUCUUCAUGUUCUAUUUUAAUAUUAGUUUCCAUUAUUGGUCAAAAAAAUUCUCAAUUCUUUGGAGGAUUCUUUUCAAGAAAAUCCUCACUAAAAAAACCUUAGAGAACUAAUUUGCUUCAACAACAAGAGAGUGAUCCAGCAAAAUUUUCAAUUCUGUAAAGACUCCUCUUAUUUAAGCUGUAACAUUUGUCAGUACAAAAAAAAAAAAAAAGUUGUCUUGGAAGUAAGAAAGAAAGAACUUUCCCAUGUAAACUUCUGAUCCAACCUUUUGUGUAUGAACUUACUAUUUUAAUACUAUCAAACUGAUUCAUUGAGAGACUUCA